AUGAAGUCCGCCGUCAUCAUCUCUGCCAUUGCUGGCUUCGUUAACCUUGCCGCGGCAGCCCCUCCAGCCUGCCUUCUUGCCGCCUUGGGCCAGCAACCCAGCCCGGCCGGUGUAGAGAACCUUUGCGAUGAUCACAUGGCCGCCAUGGUCGGCAAUCUGAUCAGCGUCUGCAAUGGCAACGACCUCAAGCCCGCAUACGACGCAUACGCAUCUACCUGCGCCGAGAUUGGCUUCAAGGUUGACGAUCUGCCAUUGACCUCGGCUACAGUCAACGCUCCGACUUCGACUCCGGAGCCUUCUGGUAGCUCCGAGCCCGACGCGACUCCGACGCCAUCAAUACCAACCAGCACCGGAGACAAGCCUCAGGAAUCGAAGCCUAGCGCUGCGGGUGCCAUUGCCCCUCACGCAUUCCUUUUCACUGUCCUCGGCCUCUCCGCCACUAGCCUUGUCAGCAUGGUCUUCCUGUGA